GUGAUCGGGAAAGCUUAGUAGCGUCCAUCUUCUCUCCGACGAAAUGACAAAGCCUCCCAAGACAAGAAGAUGAACUUAACGUAGUUUUGAUACGCAAGUUGCUAUUAUUUUUGGUUUGUGUGUUCGUUGUUGAUGCUCGUAACCAAAGGAACAGACUGAGCAUUGAAGUAGUUUCAGAAACCUAAGUUUUGACUGAUAAAAGUCCUCUUGAGUUCUACCUUCGUGGGCGGUGCUCUGGGGCACCGAGGUGCGGCUUAUCUUGGAAUAUUUCCUAUCAGGAAAUUGUGAUAUAAGAUAGGGAAAAUGACGGCAAUAGAUGCUGAACAGUUUUCACUUAGGUGGAAUAAUUUCCACAAUAACCUGACAGCAGGCUUUCACGAUUUACUUCUGGGAGAAGAUUUAGUUGAUGUAACUAUAGCAGCUGAAGGCAAAUUUGUACAGGCACACAAAAUGGUAUUAUCUGUGUGUAGCCCAUAUUUUAAAGAUUUAUUUAAGGUCAAUCCAUGUAAGCACCCAAUUGUGAUAUUGAAAGACACGGGUUAUAAGGAGUUAGAAGCCCUACUUCAAUUUAUGUAUAGAGGAGAAGUAAAUGUAAGGCAAGAAGAAUUAGCUAUGUUUCUUAAGACUGCUGAAAUGUUACAAAUCAAAGGUCUAACUGGUAGUGAUUCUAAAAAGGAAUCAGCUGAACCAACAUCUAAUAAGACUUCAUCAAAUUCAGCUCCUUCAAGAACACACUCAUUACCUCAAGAUACAUCAACACAUCCGCCUCCAAAACGCAAGAGAUCAGAAGCUCCUCCGCUCCCAUCCACCUCAGCACCAACUACACCCUCCCAAGUUGUUGAUGUAACUCCGCAAACUCCCCCUGAAGGCCCUAGUAAUGACCAGGCACUCCAAGAUGGAAAUGACUUUAUGAAUAUGAUGAACCCCAAAAUGGAACCUCAAGAAUAUGAUGAAUCGGAAGAUGGACUGGACAUGAUGGCUGAUGACUCAGUUGGUCACGAUCCUUUGGUUCAACAACUAUUAGGUGGUGACCCUAAGGGUAUGGCAGGUCUUGGAAACUUCGUAGGAUUACCUGGAAUGAAAGAUGGCAACGUUGGACAAGAUGGAGGCCAAGGACCAGCAUACCUUAUGGCAACUCGCUACAUCACCUGCCACAUCUGCGGAAAGACCAUGCGGAAAGCAAGUUUGCGGCGCCAUAUGGAGGAUCGCCACAUGCCCAAUCAUCGCUCUAAUUGUCCUCACUGCCCCAAGACAUUCCGAACAUCAAACUCCUUGCAGAAUCACCUCUCUCUCUACCACAGGAACUUCCGCAGGAAGCGUAUGGGUAUGAUGAGAGGCCACCCAAUGGAUCCAAUGGAUGAGCACCAGCAAAUGAACCAGCUCAGUCAACAAAUCAACCAGCAUUUAAGUCAGCAAAUUAAUCAACAACUUAAUCAACAUUUGAACCAACAGCUUGGGCAGUAUGAUCAAUUAGAUCAACAUCAGCAGGAACAACUACGGAUUGAACUUGAAAUGCGGCGGAAGCAGGAUGGUAGGCUUGAUGCCAAUAACAAACAAGAUAGGGGGCUUGAUCUUGACAUUCAGCAAAUAAGUCAACAUUUAAAUCAGCAACUUGGGCAGUAUGACCAAUUAGAUCAUAUUCAGAGAGAGCAACUUCGUAUUGAGCUUGAAAUGCGUCGUAAGCAGGAUGCUAGAGCUGAUUCUAGCCGUUCUGAGCAUGAAAGGAGUAUGGAACAUGAUAUUCAGGAUGAUCAACAUAUUCAUCAGCAGCAGUCGCAUCCUCUUCCUCCUGUGUCAGCCUCCCUGCCGACCAUGUAAUUUGAUAACUGGUUAUGGUUGCACUGCUGAUGCUCACCGCCUCCGUCCCUUCCUAAGACAUUAGUCUUAUGCUCAUUAUUUUUAAAAUUAGGUCUUGUUAUUUUGCUCUUAGUGUUGUGCAUUUAUUAAUUGAUAGAGUAGAAUAUAGAAUUAGUCAGAUUUGUAACAGUGAACAGUAGGCAUUCUUCUUUUUUGUUAAAAUGAGAGGAAGAAACAUGGUGCUUCAGAUAUGGUCUCUCUCACAUAAAUGUGAUUAUCUUACAAAAUUUCUAUCUGUAACUGUCAUCACUUAACUUUUUCUUUGCCUUUUCCUGUUGAAAUUGCUUUACUGUGGUGGCUGUGCUGCUCUAUACCUGGUAUAUGUAUACUAACUAGUAGUAAAAUUUUUAAUGUUCAAUAUGAUAUUGUUGUAUGAGAAUUAAGAUGAGUUUUGAAGCCAUUAUAUUUUUACCAGGUUUUUAAUGAAGUCUUUGGCAUUCAAUAGUUUUUUAAGAUUUAUAAUGUAUACGCUUACCUGAACUUUUGCUGGUAUUUUUCACUUAACAAUAGGUUACCUUUAGUUAAUUAGUGAGCAACCUCUAUAUGAUUUCUUGUUUUCCAACAUUCGUUGAAGAAUGUUUCUCUAAUCUGCAAAAGAACAUGAUUCAUUUCUUUUUGCUAUUCCUGUUGUCAUUGUGAAUCAAUUUAUCUAGUUUAUUUUAUUGAAGAUAAGGUUACAGUUUGGAGACUUAAACGAAAUGUGUUACUUGAUGUUAGUGAUUCUAAUCCACAAUGGCAUUCCUUUUUUAUUUGUUUUGUACUUUUUAUCUCUUAAAAUUAUUUGUAAUCUUCUGUCUCAAAACAUACGGGUUCAUGUUUUUUUACAAGGUUUAUCUGCUGCAUAUAGGCUCAAUCUGUCUCCUUUUCCCUUUGGGGCUGAAUCGAAAUAGUACCAAAUGCUUGCAGUAUAUUUAGUAUCGGUCACAUCAGGAUUUAAACACACCUAGCUUAUUGCUUUGCUUUUAAGAAAACUUAUGUUUUUUGUUGUGUGUUACCAGAACAAUUUGGAUUUUUUGAGUUUUAGUUUACUACCCCAAAAUCUGUUAUUUUUCCAACACACCCUUAUUAAUUUGUGAAAAUUGCCUUUCAUUGUAGAAAAGGGCUAUACUGGCUUCCAGUGUUCUUUUUUGUUUUUGUUUUAUCAUGUCAAACUUUCAAAUAAUUAGGUUCUCGGUGCAAGUUACUAGUGAGAUAGGCUAACUAUACUUUGACUGAUGUUUGGACUUUUGUUAUUGGUUUAAUGUAUGGAUGCUUUUAUUUAUUUGAUUGAUAGCUUUAUCUUUUCUCAAUGAUACUUUCUUGAACUUGAAACAUUCCUUAGAAACUUUUUCAUUUGCAUCUACAUUAUCAUUUGCGUUUCUAAGGCCAUGACUUGUGAUCAUUCCAGUCAGCUACUGUCACUAUCAGUAUUGUUUUUUGGAAGGCUUUCUGUAAUGAGAGGUGUGCCAUGUUUAUUUACAAUAUUC